UUUCUGUGUUUAAAUGGAAACAACUCAAUAAAUAUGAGCAUCAAGAAUAUGGAAAUCGGAAGGAAUAGUCCAUUAGCAUAUAUGCUUCUCGCUCUUACUGUGCUAAUUAUAUUUCACCACUGUGACCAGUGCAGCGCUGAUGGGGGAGAUACUCUCCCCUUGGGUGCCUCUCUAACAGGAAAUCAGACAAUAAUUUCAAAGAAUGGAACUUUUGAAUUGGGAUUCUUCAGCCCAAAUGGAGCCAACAACUGGUACAUUGGCAUCUGGUAUGCAAAAGUGGCAGAGAAGACAAUUGUUUGGGUGGCUAACAGAGAGAGACCCGCAAAGAAGAGUCCCGGCAUUUUGAAGCUGUCCAGACAAGGUUGUCUAGAACUGUUUAACGCAGAGGAUGCGUCUCUUUGGUCGGUCAACAUGUCGAACAAGGCUUCCCGGUCUGUGAUAUUAGAUUCUGGCAAUUUUGUAGUGCUGAGCCGUGGCAAUAAAUCUGAGAUUGUUUGGCAGAGCUUCGACCAUCCUUCUGAUACCUGGUUGCCCGGGAUGAAGAUCGGCGGAAAGAAAAAGCUUGUCUGCUGGAAUAAUUCAUUGGAUCCAGCUCCGGGACUUUUUUCUCUCCAGAUGGACCCAUCAGGAACCAGACAAUUUGUGCUGAGAUGGAACAGUUCUGUACAGUACUGGGAGAGCGGAGCUUGGGACGGCAAACGUUUCAGUCGGAUUCCGGAAAUGACUUUGAAAGGCUCUUUCAGUUACAGCGUUGAAAAUACUACCUCUGGUUUUUAUAUCAGCUAUGCAUUGUCGCCUGCUCUCAAUGUGCUCGAACGUUUCGUCCUACACAAAUCCGGAGUAUUUCAAUUAUAUGCUUUGUUUGAUAACACCACAUGGAGUGUAACCUGGUCUCAGCCCAGAGAUGAAUGCAGCGUAUAUAAGGUCUGUGGCGCUUACGGAAUUUGCAACUCCAAUAAUAUUCAGUUCUGUAGCUGCGUACAAGGCUUCGUUCCCAGAGAUAAUCGUUCCUGGAGUUUUCAAGAUUGGUCCUCAACUGACUGUGUUCGACAGAGCCCGUUAAACUGCGAUGCCGAAAAAGGCAGCACCGACGGAUUCAUCAACUCCACAGCGACGUUGCCUGAUAAUCAAGCUUUCUCAUACCCUGUAUCCACAAAGAAAGAUUGCAAGAAAGCGUGCCUACUCAACUGCUCCUGCACUGCUUUUACUUUCAAUCCGCCUUCAGGACCAUGCAAGAUCUGGUCUGGAGAUUUGCCAAGCAUGCACAAUUCUCCAUCACAAAGCAAUUCAAAUAUCUUUAUUCGAGUAGCUGCCUCUGCAAUUCCGAAGUUUGAUCCACCAUCUUCCUCCAUGCUCAAAUCCCAAACUAUUAUUGGCGCAGUACUUGGUAGUGUUAGUGCUUUGGCCGUUGCUUCGGGUAUCUUUUUUGUUUUUAAGUGGCAGAGGUAUCGGCUACGCUGGAUGGAGAGGUAUGCAGAUUCCCCGAAUUCUUUUCUUAGAGUGUUUAGUUACAAAGAAUUGAAGAUUGCAACUAGGAAUUUCAGGUUCAAGUUGGGGAGCGGAGGAAUCGGUUCAGUGUUCAAAGGAUCUCUAACAGAUGGCACGCUUGUAGCAGUUAAGAGAUUGGAAGGUUCAAGACCAGAAGAGAAGCAAUUCCGAGCAGAAAUCGAUUCUCUCGGAAACAUACAUCAUAAGAAUUUGGUCAGGCUUCGAGGAUUUUGUGCGGAAGGAUCAGAAAGGCUACUUGUUUACGAGUACAUGACCAACGGCUCUCUGAAUUCAUUACUCUUCAGUGGCAACUCUGAAAGUAAACUGAAGGUACUCGACUGGAAGACCCGAUUUGAGAUCGCACUAGGCACUGCAAAAGGGUUACUUUAUCUCCAUGAAGAAUGCAGAGAGUGCAUCAUUCACAACGAUGUUAAGCCCGAAAACAUUCUCCUGGAUAGCGACUUUACCCCAAAGCUGGCCGAUUUUGGGCUGGUGAAGCUUUUGGAUAGAGAUUCCAGCCGCGUGCUGACCAUUGCGAGAGGAACGCAAGGGUACAUUGCUCCAGAGUGGUUCUCCGGUCUUCCCAUAACUCCCAAGGUUGACGUCUACAGUUUUGGUAUGACGCUGCUAGAAAUCAUUUCAGGCCGAAGAAAUGUGGACAUGAGGUUGCAGGAAUCAAACAAGCAUUACUUUCCCUCGUGGGCUGCAGCUCAAAUUCAGCAGGGAAACACGAUUAAUAUCGUGGAGGAGGGUGUUGCACUUGCAGAGGAUGCAGACAUAGAAGAGGCGAGAAGAACUAUUGUUGUAGGGUUACUAUGCAUUGAAGAGGAUGAGAAUGUGAGGCCAAGCAUGGGGCAAGUGGUGCGGAUGCUGGAAGGAAAGACGGAGACUCAGACACCGCAGAUUCCAUGCGAUAGCGAUGGCAAUGUUUUUACUCGCAGUUAUGUAAGUGGGAACGUAUUUUAGAAUGAUGUAGGAUAUAAGCUUCAAGUUUUUCAUUAGCAGAAUCAUAUAUGACUGUCAAUAUAACAUAACAGAGAUCUUUGCCUGUCUUCUGUAAUGCAAAACAGUAAUAUUAUGCUAAUUAUAGUUGCAUGUGAUGGUUGUUCA